UAGAUGAGGGGCGGGGCUGCAGCACCACUUGUAAAUGCUGCAGCAUCCGGUGAGCAUUCGUCCUCUCGUUCCUUCCGUCAUAUCGCCUGUUCCCUCCGUCUCUCUGGCUCAGUGUCGCUGCACCCUGUCACCCUGUCACCCUGCUGUAGCACCAAGGAAGGAGGAGCCACUGUCGCCCACACCCACCCAGAAGCAUCAUCUCCUCACACUCACUGAGAGCACCAGCAAGGCCCGUUUGGAGCAGGGGAGCCCAGCCGUCUCAUCAACCAAGAUGGAUGUACUGAUGAAGGGGUUCUCCAUGGCCAAGGAGGGGGUGGUGGCCGCCGCGGAGAAGACCAAGGCCGGCAUGGAGGAGGCGGCAGCGAAGACCAAGGAAGGAGUGAUGUAUGUAGGCAACAAGACAAAGGAGGGAGUUGUGUCAUCAGUAAACACAGUCGCCAACAGGACUGUGGAUCAGGCUAACAUUGUUGCAGACACAGCAGUCGCCGGGGCCAACGAGGUGUCUCAGGCAACCGUGGAGGGUGUGGAAAACGUCGCUGCAUCAAGCAGAUUGAUCAACCAGGAGGAGCCUGUACACAAGGGAGAAUACGGGGGCAUGGAGCAGGGUGGUGAAGGAGGAGAGGAUUACUAAUAGUCAUCAGGACCUCUUCUCCCAUCCUCUCCAAUGGCCCCUCGCCUCGCUUUACCAGACCCCUGGCAUUCAAGAUUUUUUUUUUUUGUGACUUUAUGGAACCAAAUCAACUGAGACUUUCCAGAUGCCGCACCUUAUUGCACCCUCGUCUUCUUCGUCACUCCCAGAUGCUCCAUCGUCUCACACCCCUCACCCCCCCCUCCCCCAGCAGUCACCUGCAGCUGCCCCGUCCCUCCCUUUAAUGCUCCGAUUUUCUGCAGCUUGUAGCUUUUCGUCAACCAGGUGUCUUUCCCUUACCUCUGUGUUAGUGUCAUGCUGAUAUGAACCCCUGGUGUUGUUAUCACCUCAAUAUCCACACACAUACACGCACACACAGUUCAUAAAUGGGAGCACAUGCACACUAUAAGCAAAAGCAUGGCAACUGUAUCACUGCACCGCAGGAUGUAGAGAUACUAAGAAAACCGAAUAAGGCUGGAUAGGAGAGGGCAUGAUCACCUGUUUGUGUGUACGUUAGCUUCCUUAUGUGUGUGCAUGUGACGCAUUAAAGGCUUCUGCAGGGAAUUGUGCAAUUAUACAGUUCUGUGUGUGGUAGUUCGUUAGCUACAGUAGACUGCAUGAACAGAUGUGUAGAGUGUUGUAACUGUAGAGUAGCAACUGUCCCGUGUAGCUUUGUAUGGCUUUGUCUGCGUUUUAGCACCACGUUUCGAAACAGGGUUAUUGUCACUAGUAAGUAAGCAAUAAGUCAUGCUGUUUUUAUUUGUGGUUACGGUGUAGCAAACUUUUCUACACGGAUAUUUAUUGCUGAAUAAUCAACAAUGAACUUGUGUGAUUGAUCAGAAAUGUUUGCGACAUAAUAAUCCAACUACUGCCAUCGGAUUGUGAUUCCAAACACUCUGGUCUUGAGUAAGACGGGCGACUUUGAAAUAUCAAAACAGAUGGCACUCAGCGUAAGA